AUGUCUGGGGCCAAUGGCUCCUGCCUGAGCCCACCAUUCUUUAUCCUGAAUGGUGUUCCUGGACUGGAAGCCACACACAUCUGGCUCUCCUUGCCAUUCUGCUUCAUGUACAUCAUUGCUGUCCUGGGAAACUGUGGGCUCCUCUACCUCAUCAGCCAUGAGCAGGCCCUGCACCGGCCCAUGUACUACUUCCUGGCCCUGCUCUCCUUCACUGAUGUCACCUUGUGCACCACCACGGUACCCAAUAUGCUGUGCAUAUUCUGGUUUGACCUCAAGGAGAUCGAAUUUAAUGCUUGCCUGACCCAGAUGUUUUUUGUCCAUAUGUUGACUGGAAUGGAGUCUGGGGUGCUCAUGCUCAUGGCCCUGGACCGCUAUGUGGCCAUUUGCUACCCCUUACACUAUGGCACCAUCCUCACCAACCCUGUCAUUGCCAAGGCUGGUUUUGCUGCCUUCUUGAGGAGUGUGAUGCUCAUCAUCCCAUUCACCUUCCUUACCAAGCGCCUGCCCUAUUGUCGGGGCAACUCCAUCCCCCACACCUACUGUGACCACAUGUCUGUGGCCAAGGUAUCCUGUGGCAAUUUUAAAAUCAAUGCUAUCUAUGGGCUUUUGGCAGCUCUUUUGAUUGGGGCCUUUGAUAUGGCUUGUAUUGCUGUAUCUUAUGCUAUGAUUUUGCGGGCUGUGUUGAGUUUGUCAUCUGCAGAUGCUCGUCACAAGGCCUUCAGCACCUGUACCUCCCACAUAUGUGCUAUUGUUAUCACAUAUGUUCCAGCCUUAUUCACCAUUUUUACUCACCGCUUUGGGGGAAAAAACAUUCCCCACCAUGUCCACAUCAUUAUUGCCAAUCUCUAUCUGAUGUUUCCUCCUACUCUGAAUCCCGUUGUUUAUGGAGUCAAAACAAAACAGAUCCGGGAAGGAGUGAUCAAGUUAAUUUUUAAGGAGAAAUGUGUCCCAGGUAUGAAAUAG